GCAGUAGAAGGAAAGUCCAACCCCGUACUGCUAACCGUUUUUAAUUAAAUUGCUCCUAGAAUUUUUGAGAAGAGUUUUAAAAAACUUCCCGUAUGCUUCCCCGUGCAAUAUUUUUCAGAUAUCAUCCUUCGACUUCUUCUUCUUCAUGCAACCUUUAAUCGUCAAUAUUCGUCACGUCACAGGCGCAACGCAUUAAAUACAUCGCGAGGAAAUGUAAACAAGUGCACGUUUUUAGAAGCGGGUUUCUAAAGCCGAUGUGCUUGCAUUGGAUUUUUGCAUUUUUCGUGAAAAAUAAUUAUAAUUAAGAAAUGAGUGCCGUUCCAUCGAUUUUCGAUACCCCUGUUGCUGUCCCGGUGACAUCAAAACCAUCGCCUUUGGGAACCAAAAGAAUAGCGGUAGAAAAUGGGAACUUAUCUGCGGAAAAACAGUCGAAAAAGUCUAAGAAAGCAUUGGCCAGUAAACAGCAAAUGAUAGAUUUGUUGGUGCAGGAACACGUCCGAGAAUUAAAUCAAGAAGAUUCCAGUGAAUCAGUGGGUUUAUCUUCGAAAAAGGCAAAAAAGAAUAAGAAAAAAUCUGUCGAUGACAAUGCUAGUUUGACGAAAAACAAAGCCGCUAAGAAACAAACCAAAAUUGGACUGAAAAUAAAAUUACAGGACGCUAAACAACACCAGCGAAAGUUGAAGAAAAACCUGGAGGGCAUUAAUCGCGCCAAGCAACAGGUCAAUGAUUCAUUAAUCGAGGCACCGUUUAAUGGCGAAUCGCUCAAAAAUACAUCCAACUACCAGUCACCCAUCAACAAGCAAUCAAAGAAAAAGAACAAACAAAUGCCGCAACCAAUCACAGACACCCCUAAAGUAAGAGUUAAACAAGAGCCCCAAACUCCACGCAUAAAUGGCGCGAAUAAUUCUAUCUUCGAGGACAGUAGUAAUGUUGGCCGUGAAAAAUUUGGUUGGGUGAUUUAUCCUACUCCGGUCGAAGAAUUUAUGGCCAACUAUUGGGAAAAGAAGCCACUACUCAUCCAGCGAAAGGACCAAUCAUACUACAAAAACUUGCUUUCUCGCGCGAAGAUCGAUGAAAUGCUACGGCAGCAUAAUAUCGAGUACACCAAAAAUAUAGACGUUACUUCGUAUCGUGAUGGUCUGCGAGAGACACAUAAUCCGGACGGGAGGGUCCUGCCUCCGGAGAUGUGGUCUUUUUACAAUGAAGGUUGCAGCAUUCGAAUGCUCAACCCACAAACAUAUCUUCCCGGAGUAUACGAAAUGAACGUGAAACUGCAAGAAUUUUUCCAUUGUAUGACCGGAGCUAAUUUUUAUCUAACGCCUCCAAACAGUCAAGGCUUUGCACCGCAUUACGAUGACAUCGAAGCGUUUGUUCUUCAAGUUGAAGGACGCAAACACUGGAAGUUAUACAGUCCACGGGAACCGGCAGAGAUGCUCGCACGAAUAUCAUCACCAAACUUCACACAAGAAGAGAUCGGUAGUCCUAUUUUGGAAGUAAUUUUGGAACCCGGAGAUUUGCUGUACUUUCCACGCGGCAUCAUUCAUCAAGCCAGCACCGUACCAGGUCACCAUUCCCUGCACGUCACGAUGAGUGUCUAUCAGAAAAAUUGCUGGGCCGACCUGCUAGAAAUCUUUUUUCCGCAUGCACUGGCUCAAGCGGCUGAAAAUACAUUUGAGCUACGACGAGGGAUUCCUCUGGACCUUCAUCAACACUUCGGCAUUGUACACUCGGAUAGCAAUACCCCUACUCGCAAGCAAUUGAUAACGCAGAUAAAAUCGCUUGUCGACAAGGUAUUCAGUGAAGAAGCAAUCGAUAGCGCUGUGGAUCAGCUUGCUAAGCGCUUCCAGCAUGAUGCCCUUCCACCAUCCGUCUCCAGCGUUGAACAAUCCAGCACAGUGUAUGGUUCCAAUUUCAGUUUCAAUUCUAACGGCACCGUUAGUCUUCGGGUACCAUUCACGGAGAACAGUACCGUUUCCCUAUUGCGCCGCAAUGUACUUCGGUUGGUGAGCGAGGAAGAGAAACUUCGCAUUUACUACCACACGGAUAAUUCACGUGAGUAUCACGAGUAUGAGCCAAACUUCCUUGAAAUCGAUCAAGAUGCUGCCCUGGGUGUAGAACUGCUGGUCAAGAUGUAUCCGCAACCAUUGACCAUUCGAGAUUUGCCAGUGGAAGAUAAAAUUGAAUUCGCGAAAAGCCUUUGGGAAAAAGGAUUAAUAGUAAUUCAAGGUUAUUAAGAGCCUGGGGCUGAAAAUUGCAUAACUCUUUAUUAUUAUUAAUACAAUUGUAAUUCAUUGUUUUAUUUUAGAAAUAAAAUGUAAAAACUAUCUAAAAAAGAAA